UCUUCCUUAUUAAAUCCGCCAGUUGUACCCGGUAAGGGUCUCUACAUACCACAAGUCUACUUUCAAGAUUGCGCAACCAAAGCACUUCCUUAACAGUGACUCCGGUCUCACUGUGCCACCAUAACCUCGCCGCAACACCGACAUGCAAAUGUUUGCAGCCAUUCUGGAAAAACUACGGCUUAUCCCCAACACAACAAACGAGGGGAAGACACAAAACGAAGAAGGCAUACCAUACGUCCAACUCAACGACGAAUAUGACACAACCCUCAGACUAUCAUGGACAAAUGACCCAAAGAAACUAUACCUAUCUGCGUGUUUCGACCCGAAGCGCGAGGCAAAUGUUGCGAAAGACUACAACAUUGACGGUCUCUGUCCAGUGGUCAAAGAAACCAAAGGCGACGAGUUCAUCUUACGAGACGACGCGGGCGGAUACUAUCUCUGGGACGCAUGGGUUGGUGAGCUGAUGAAGUUCCGGGAUUGGUGGAUCGAAGGCUUCACGACAAAAGAAGAGUUAGUGGAGAACCUUGUUUGCAACAUGACAGAAGCGCAAGCGGAUGUGGAAUUCAUCGAUCGAAAGCGUAGAGACAGUGUGGUAGACUAGUCUUACCCUGCAUCUUGUAGUUGUCUUGAAGAUCGGAUCGGGAUGGAUGCGAGGCGAGGCGAG